GCGCAAACCCAUCCUCAGUGACAGAACAACAACCGGUGCCACAAACAAACAAACAGACAAACAAGGAGGAGACAAACUUCCUCUAAACUUGGCUUCAGGUGCGUUGACGCGUCGCGGACCUGUUGAUUCAUUUUGGCUCGAAACCCUCAAACUUUCUUGGAUAAACUCGCGAAUAGAGGGCAAUGCACACUCACAGUGGGAGGUGAGUGCGUGUGGAGCGAGAGAGAGAGGCAGUGUGACCGUGCGUAAACCCCCCCAGAUGACCAGCUCUCCCUCUCCCAGACACACGUGAAGCUGCAGCGCCGGUGCGUCCGUGGCUGAAGGCAGCAGCAUGACUCUGUCCGGCGGUUUGUCGGAUACUUGUCAGCUCGUUUUACGCGACCGCAUGGAGCCGCGGCUGUGGGAGAAGAAGUAGCAGCAGUAGCAGCACGUUGAGAAGCGAAAGUUUGGACACGGAGGAGAAAGGAGAAGGAGAAGGAGAGCUACGAUGCGGGCAACUCUGGGUGCAUUCAUCCAGUCCUGUCUGCUGCUGCUGCUGGUCCGAGCAGACCAGUGGAGGCUGAAGGACUCCGCCAACUGCGAGCUGAACAAGAAGCAAACGGACCUAAACUCCUUCCUGUGGACGAUCAAGCGGGACCCCCCCUCAUAUUUCUAUGGUACGAUCCACGUUCCCUACACGCGCGUCUGGGACUACAUCCCCGAGAACUCCAAGCAGGCCUUCCAGGAGAGCAGCAUCGUCUACUUCGAGCUGGACCUGACGGACCCGUACACCAUCUCAGCCCUGACCAGCUGCCAGCUGCUUCCCCAGGGCGAGAACCUGCAGGACGUCCUGCCCAGAGACAUCUACCGGAGACUCAAGAGACACCUGGAGUACGUGAAGCUCAUGAUGCCGUCCUGGAUGACGCCGGAUCAGAGGGGGAAGGGACUGUACGCAGACUACCUGUUCAACGCCAUCGCUGGGAACUGGGAGAGGAAGCGGCCGGUUUGGGUGAUGCUGAUGGUGAACUCAUUAACCGAGGCGGACAUUAAGACGCGGGGGGUGCCGGUGCUGGACCUUUACCUGGCCCAGGAGGCGGAGAGGAUGAGGAAGAGGACAGGCGCUGUGGAGAAGGUGGAGGAACAGUGUCAUCCACUCAACGGGCUCAACUUCUCCCAGGUGAUCUUCGCCCUGAACCAGACGCUGCUGCAGCAGGAGUCCUUGAGGGCAGGAAGCCUCGAGGUUCCCUACACCACCGAGGACCUCAUCAGGCACUACAACUGUGGAGAUCUCAACUCCAUCAUCUUUAACCACGACACCUCACAGGUCCCUAACUUCAAUAACGUGACGCUGCCACCCAGCGAGCAGGUGACUGCCCAGGAAAUAGACAGCUACUUCCGACAGGAGCUCAUCUACAAGAGGAAUGAGAGGAUGGGCAAGAGGGUCAAGGCCCUGCUGGAGGACCAUCCCGAUAAGAGCUUCUUCUUCGCCUUCGGCGCAGGUCACUUUCUCGGCAACAAUACAGUCAUUGAUGUGCUGCGUCGCCAGGGAUACGAGGUGGAGCACACCCCCGCUGGGCAGCCCAUAAACAGGCGAUCGUCCUUGGGACCAGAGUCCGAGGACCAGUACGACGAGUCCCCCCUCCUGGAGCCUUUCCUCCAUGAGCUCCCCUACAAAGAGGAGGACCAGGGGCGCACCCUGGAGGACGACCUGUUACCCCACAUGCUCCUGCCGGCCGACAGCCUGGAGCUGCUGGAGAAAGCCGAGAGGAAAAUGCUGAAGAAGAAGAGGAGGAACAAGCAGAAGAAGCAGCGGCACCGGCACUUCAACGACCUCUGGGUUCGCAUCGAGGAGAGCUCGAUGGUCCAGUCGCCAGCUCCGCCGCUGGUUCGCAUCAUCAAUGGCUACAUCACCGUGCAGCCGCCCGACCGAGUCCACAGCCCCCACAACCACCACCACCACACACCUUCAGCCUCCCCCACCUCCUCGUCCUCGUCCUAUUCCCUCGUUUUCCUCUGCACGCUGCUCCCGCUCCUCACACGGAUGGGGAGUGUGUUCCUCCAGCAGACAUUUUAUCUGGAAUAAACUCUCAGUUAUGGGGUUUUGUGUAUUGGCUCAUGAGAAAGUGAGGCCUGAUCUUGUAAGAGGGCGAGGAGGGGACGUGGCCAGAGAAAAAAACAUGGAGCAGGCAUGUGAAAUCGACUCUAGCUGUCAGGUAACAGAACACUUCAUGGACGUUAGCCUGGAUAAUGUCCGCGUUGUCGGGUCCAAAUGGUAAAUCACACCAGUUCAGCUUGUCUCUUACAAAUUGGGGCUUCGAUGAGCGUAUCAAUUCUUACAACCGAGCGGUUUCUCUUGGAACACGAAGCGUUCAUAAGGUUUCGGUUAUUUUCUCUCAGCGCGGCGGGGAGCGAGCGCACGGGGACGAAACGGGACAGACACAAGGGAAGUCCUCACAAACAGGAAGUAUUAUGGGACGUCUGGCGGACCUUACACAACCUGUCGGCUCCCUCGUGGGUUUCAGUGAUACAGCAGACGCUCAUCAGUCAACAGCAAGUGUCUCGGAGAUCUCACACGAGUGACGGCUCAGCCAAUGGGGACGAGGACACGUGUGGCUGAAUAUCAAAUAUCCUCAAUAAGAGUGCAUGUGCAUAUAUGUGCGUGUGUCUGUGUGUGUGUGUGUGUGAAAGAGAGAAAGUCUAUUAGCUCUUAAACCCCUGGACUCUUCACUAAUGUUACAUAAAACGUGGGGUGAAUUGUAAAUAUUGUUUCUAAAUAUCAUAGAUGUAUUUUUUAGAGUUAUACAAAAAAAGUGGAAAAUUAUCAAAAGUGUUUUUUGUUGUUGUUGUUGUUUAUAUAAAUGUAUAAAUAGAUAUGCAGUAUAUUUUUUUGAAAAGAAAUCAGGAACUAACCACCAUAGCCGGCGUCCUGUGUCUCAGUGAAAUGGAUUUUUUUUUUUAAAGGGACAGGCGAUUGUAUUGUACUGUGUGUAUCAGUGUUAUCACUCGCUUUGCUGUGUGCGUCUGCUGAGAGUAUUCAUGUCAAUGUGUUUUACACAGAGACCAUUUGUUUAAUUUAUUUAAUAGUUACUACUUUAGUUUUCAUGUAGGUCAAUGAAAUAUUCCCGUUUUUUUUUUUUUCAUGUUUUUGUCCGAAUGUAUUAUUUCAGAGGCAAUAAU